UUUAAUUCUUAUUUUAUUAUAUAUGAUCCCCUUUGUAACAACUCCUAAUAAUUUAACUAUAAGCUUCAGCUCUUAAUUUGUUUCAUUUCAUCUGAUAUUCAGAGUAGCUAGAGAGUGAUGGAGAUAGUUGGACUGAGAAACAUUGCGGUGAGUUUGGUUUUGGCCUUGUUUGUGGGAUGGGCGUGGAGAGUCUUGAAUUGGGUGUGGCUGAGGCCGCGGAAGAUGGAGAAGUGCUUGAGGAAGCAAGGGUUUGAUGGGAACUCUUAUCGUUUGUUGUAUGGAGAUUCGAAGGACAACUCAGGAAUGAUUAGAAAUGCUCUUUCAAAGCCUAUAAAUCUCUCCGAUGAUGUUGUCCAACGUGCAAGCCCGUUCAUUCAUCACACUGUCGAAAAAUAUGGGAAGAAGAGUUUCAUUUGGUUUGGACCGAAUCCGAGGUUGCUGAUCACAGAUCCUGAGCUCAUGAAAGAAGUGAUGUCGAAAAACUACAUAUAUAGGAAGAUUAAGCAAAAUCCAACUGUGAGAAUGUUUUCUCUUGGUUUGGCAAGCAUCAACGGUGACCAGUGGGCUCACCACAAGAAACUUCUUACUCCAGCUUUCCAUCUUCGCAAGUUAAAGCUAAUGCUACCAGUAAUGUAUAUUAGUUGCAUGGAAUUGGUAAGUAAAUGGGAGAAAAAGGUAGAGAAGGAUGGGUGGUGCGAAUUGGACAUUGCACCGUAUCUUCAUACAUUAACAAGUGACGUGAUUUCGCGUACAGCAUUUGGAAGUAGCUACAAAGAGGGAAUCAAGGUAUUUGAGACUCAGCGCCAACAAGUUGAGCUCGUAAUGAAGUCUCUGCAAUCAGUAUACAUUCCUGGAUGGAGAUUUUUACCAACCAAGAAUAACAAGAGAAUGAAGGAGCUAAAUAGAAUGAUACAAUCAUCCUUAGAAGACAUUAUUGACAAAAAGACCAAGGCAAUGCAGGCAGGAGAAAGUAGCAGCGAUGACUUGCUGGGGGUAUUGUUGGAAUCCAUUUCCAAUGAGCAACUCCAGAAUGGAUCAAAAAGUGUUGGAAUGAGCCUGGACGAUGUGAUAGGCGAAUGCAAGCUUUUCUAUUUUGCUGGUCAAGAAACUACCUCAAAUGUCCUUGUCUGGACCAUAAUUUUACUCAGCAUUCACCCUGAAUGGCAAAGUCGAGCCAGAGAAGAGGUUCUUCAAGUGCUGGGAAAUAAUGGCAAGCCUGAUUUUGACAAUCUUAACCACCUCAAAAUCAUUACCAUGAUUUUGCAUGAGGUUUUAAGAUUAUAUCCACCGGCUCAUACACUGACUCGAAAGGUGGACGAGGAUACUAAAUUAGGAGAACUGAUAUUACCUGCUGGAACGGAAGUGUCUCUGCCAAUUUUGCUCCUCCAUUAUGACCAAAAUCUCUGGGGACAGGACGCAAAAGAGUUCAAUCCAGAAAGAUUUGCGCAAGGAGUGUCCAAGGCAGCAAAAAGUAAUCAGGCAGUCUAUUUUCCAUUCGGAUGGGGACCCAGGAUAUGUUUAGGCCAAAACUUUGCAAUGCUGGAAGCUAAACUAGCUCUUGCCACCAUUUUACAACACUUCUCGUUUGAGCUUUCGGCCUCCUAUACACAUGCUCCAGCUACUCUGAUAACUCUUCAACCGCAACAUGGGGCUAACUUGAUUGUACACAAGCUCUAACUACUAUGUUGUGAAGCUGAUUUAAUAUACGCCUAUGUUUCAUGCUGUACACUCAUUAUAGCUAAUAAGGAAAUCACUACAGUUUACAUGUUAA